AUGUCCUGCACCCCGGAUGUUCUGUGGGCGCAGCGCCCAGAUGCGGUGUACCUGACCAUCGACCUGAAAGAAGUUCAGGACAUAAAGGUCAACCUGGAAGCAGAGAAAAUCUCUUUCUCGGGCAAGGCACAAGGCAGUCUUUACGAGUUCUCCUUGGACUUCUUUGCGCCGAUAGCAAAGGAGGAGUCCAAGUGGAGUACCAAGAGGUUAAUAGAGUUCUACCUCAAAAAAGAAGCAGAGGGGAACUGGACGAGCCUCAGCAAGAUAAAGAAGCUUCCUUGGGUGAAGGUGGAUUGGAAAAGAUGGCAGGACUCCGAUGAUGAGGAUGAAGGCAAACAGAACGCCUGGAAUCUGGAUGGACUAGGCGACAUGAAUUUCGGCGAUAUGGGAGCUGAAGCAGAGUAUGACUCUGAUGACGAGGAGUUGCCGGACCUAGAUCCAGCGGAGGCCGUGCAAUGA